CGAAUAGUUUGUGGCAUCGAAUCGAGACCAAGGUCUGUUGCUCUAUAAAUCAGUCGUCCGGCCGCCACCGCACCACCGCUCAUCUCUCGAAGCCUAGCGCGAUGGCGUCGAGAAGGGUUGCGAGCCUCCUCCGCCGUUUCGCCAUCACCUCUGCGUCGCGGCAUCCCGCGCCUAUACACUCUCAAAGUCCUCUUCCGUUCUUGUUGCUCCCGCUCCCGUCGGCGACCGCUGAGUCGCCUUCUUCUGCUCACCUCGGCCUCUCCCUCCCGAACCCUUUAUUCUCCUCCCGACUGUUCUCCUCCGCUUCGGGUCCGUCAAACAUUGUUCUUAUUCAGUCUGGGGAUCAGCUCACUGACGCGCUGAAGAAGGCCCAGGAUGAUAAAGUGCCAGCCAUCUUUUACUUCACGGCUGUGUGGUGCGGACCUUGCAGGGUUAUAGCCCCAUUUAUUGAGGAAAUGAGCCACAAAUUUUUGCAUGUCACAACGUACAAGGUUGACAUUGAUCAGGAGGGCCUUGGAAGUAUACUGAGCAGUCUGCAGAUUCACUCUGUGCCAACCUUUCAAUUUUUCCACAAUGGCAAAAAGGCUACUGAAGUUGUCGGUGCUGAUAAGAAACAACUCGAGGAGACAUUUAAAAGCUUGUACAAGCAGGAAUAACAAGGCGACGCUAAAGAAUUGUAUUUUGCUGCCUAUUUAGACUAAUAAUAACAACGCUUUUCUGUAAUGGAAGAAUUAGAUUCGAGCGUUGAUUUCUCAUGGUGUCAUUCUAAAGUGUCUAACUUUGUACUUCCAUUUAUUUAUUAAAAGUGAAAUCUGCUCCCCCUA